UACAUCUUUAACUGCAUGUGUGUUUAGUUUUAAGUAUGCAUGUGUAUAGGGCUAUAAAUGUGUGUGUGUGUGUGUGUGUGUGUGUAUAUAUAUAUAUAUAUAAUAAGUGUGGACGUGUAUUAGUGCGUUUCUAACUGAACUUCAGCGAUUGUCUGGCAUGCCCGUAAAAGGAGCGGUGCGGCGGAACCAUCUCUUGCUGCGCGGGGGUGCGUGGUUCAAAAGAUGACAUCUGGUUGAAUAUUAAUACAAAUUAAUAUUGAUUUUUUAAAAAGAUGUUUAACCCGCAAAUUAAGCCGGAGACUCCCACAAACUCUGUUUAGUUUAUCGUUUCAUUAUCUCUGUUUUGAAACCGUUCCGGCAUCAGUGGACCCGCGCGCCUGAAUGGAUCCGUCCGCGGAGCUCCAUUCUGCGCGUGAGCUCACCUCAGUCAAACACUGGAUUCAUGUAAAACUCAUGUGCGAUUUCUUGUUUUCUUAAUUCGAAAUCAUGUGAUUAAUCAGCAGAUUGCGUCGUCAUGAGCGACCGAAAACCGGCGGCGAGCGGUGGACAGAACAAACCGAGAAUGAGCGGCACGAACAGUGUGCACAUGCAGGAUCGUAACGUGUUGCGGCGGAUGGAGAGAGAGAGGAGGAAUCAGGAGGUUCAGCCGCAGGAAACGCUGUAUGACAGAAUCUCUCCUCUUUUCAGUGAGCCGUAUAAGAUAAUGAAAGGUGACGAGCUGUCCAGUCGCAUUCAGAGGAUGCUGGGGGAUUUUGAGGAUGGACAUGAUGUCGGAAUUCAGGAUCUUUGCCCUGCGUUUCCUUACAGUCAUUCCACUCAACUCCACCACGUGGAGUGUCCCAAGCCGUCGGGACACACUCCUGAGAGUGUGCCCGCCUCCUCCGCCCCUCUGUCAGGGAGUUUACAGGUGGGUGAGAGCUGGGACUCGAGCAGUUUACCCGUCCCGCUGUCCCCCCUGCAAUCCAGUGACUCUGAUGACGAAAGCGGCUCAACCCGUCAGGCGGAAGCACCUCCAUUCACAUCCAUGCUCCCGCUGAAUUUACACUCUAAACCGAGUGUUUUGAACCAGAGGAAGCCCACAGCUUAUGUGAGGCCGCUGGAUGGUCAGGACCAGAUUAACGGUGACUCACCUGAUCUGAAGGCCACAUCAGAUUUUCACGAGAUCUUACCUGACCUGAAGAACAGCAGCACGCUGAACUGUCCUCUCCUGAAGCUGCAGACUCAGUGUGUCGAUAUGGUGUGUGAUGAAGGUGAGCGUGUGGAGGACAUUCUGAAGGAAAUGACCUCAUGGCCUCCACUGUUGACAAACAUUCAUACGCCAAGCACAACAGUACCGCCUAGUUUACCUGUCUCUAACGAGGAGACACAUGGAUUCCCAGCUCACAAAUCUCAUGAUUCAUCAGACAGAGUUCAGCAGAAACCUCAAGGAGGUACCAGCAGCUCCAGUGAUUCUGAGAGCAGUUCAUCAGACACUGAUAAUGAAAACGGCAGCAACCCAGAAGAACAACGGGCACCAGAGAGCACACACACACAGGAACAGAAAGGAAGUGACUGGCAGUUGGGGAGAUGGUUAGAAAAUAGGGAGAACCAGCAGAACCCUAAGAGCCUGUGUGAUGUCACCAGGCCCAGCUCCCAUGAUUCCUCUGUAAGGACAGAGGCUAAAGGUCAUCAGGGUUGCUAUAGUAACCCAACCCACUGCGACACUGAGGCCGAUCACACGCAGAUGGUGGUGAACACACACACAUGUGAGAGUUCGCGGUUGCAGAUUUCACAGCACAAUGAAAACGUGUCCACACAACGAGAGAAACACAAGAGAAAGAAAACUGACCGUCAGACGGACCGCACGAGAUCAACGGACAAAUCACAGACACGACAGCCGUCUGUCAGCACGAAACACACAGACAGAAUUCACACACACGCACAACGCUCCCUGCUGGUGAAGAUCCGGCUCGAGCUGCUCUUCAGAAUACCACAGGAGGACAAACGGCGCUCGGGUGCCGCAAGGAGACCCGCCACUCACAAACACACCAGCACCGGGUCUGGACUCAAGAGAACUGCAGAGAGAGAUGAAAAGUCUGAAAGGAAGAAACAGAAACUGGACAAGGAGGGAAAACGCUCGUCCUCUUCCCAGCAAACCAUCAGCCAAUCAGAAGCGUUCAGGAGCAGCAGUGACAUGAUGAAGAGUCGUCCGACACGCAGGCCGCCUGUUCCUCACGAGCCUCAGCGAGACUCGAGACUCAAGCAUCAUUCAGACAGUCAACAGAAGAGAGCAGAGGCUCAUGGGAAGAAACCCAGCAAGAGCCGCAGUGUGAAACCACCGCCGACGUGUUCAACUGCAGCUAAACCACGCCCACUGCUGCCGCUUCACCGCAGGCAACUCUCUGUGGAGGAUCAUAUGAAGGAAGCCAAAAAACUGAAGCACCAAGCUGAUGCCACGGUGGAUAAGAUGUCUAAAGCCCUGAGUUACCUGGAGGCUGCACUGUCAUUUGUGGAGAGUGGUGUUGCCAUGGAGACUGACCCCCAGACGCCCAAAUCUGCAUAUACCAUGUUCUCUGAGACGGUUGACCUGAUCAGGUUUAUAUUGAAAUUGAAGAAUUACACGGAUCCGUCUGCUGACGCUCACGAGACAGAUUUCUUAGUCCUGUGUUUGCGAUGUCAGUCUCUGCUGCAGAUGGCGAUGUUCCGCUACAAACGAGACUCGGCACUCAAAUACUCCCGAACUCUCACGGAUCAUUUCAAAAGUUCAUCAUGUUCUGCAUCUCCCUGCGUGUCUAAAAGUGUCGGCUCAUCCGCAUCUCUGGUGAACGCUGCUGGUACUGUUGUCAUUCCUCAGAUCAUCCAGCAGGUGGCCACGUCUUAUGUUAGCAUCACAACGCUGGUCCUGAGCGCUCACGAGACGUGGGAUCAGGCCGAGGAACUCGCUCAAAGAGGCAGCGGUUUACUGAUAGAGCUGGAUUGUGUUGUUGGUCGUCUGAGUCUCAUGUCCUCCAUGACUUCAUUACUGCAGUACACUCGACACGGACUGUUCUGGAUCAGACUCGACACUCACAACUCGCUCUGAUGUCACACUUCAUCUUCAGUCGGUGAGCAGCAGAUGAUUCACAAGCACUUAGUCCUGAGACACUGAUGAGCCUCACGUGAGAUCUGUGAGAACAACACACACUUCUCUUGUGUGUGAGCACUGUUAUUGAUUCACACAGUGAUUUCAGGCUCGUCGUUCUGCGGUCCUUUUUCUUCAACACUGAACGGCGUCUCUCAAUGUUCCUGUAGAUUCUCACACUGUCUUUAUUUUGUGUUUCCUUGAGUUGAUCAAAUGUGAGUGUGUGAAGGUUUGACAUGUGAAACAGUAUAUUUAAUUUCUAGCGUUUAUAUCACACAUGACCUUUGACCCUUUACGGAAAUAAUGAAAUUGAUGUCACAGGAAACGAUGCUGCUGAUGUUUGUGGUUGAAGCCACUUUAAACCAGAGCUUCUUAAAUGACCUCUGAAUUGAGUGCUUGCACAGUUUUAAACACUUUAGUUAGAAGAGAUUUUCUCAUGAUUAUCAGCAUUCUCUCUUAUUGAAAUUAUCACUAUCAUCCGGUUGGCUAAAUGUGUUUUUGUCUCAUUUGUGUAGCGGGUGAAUGUGUGUGUGUGUGUGUGUGUGUGGAUAUUAGUAGUUUAAUUCAUGAACAAGUGUAGAAUUGAUUCUCUGUGAAUUCACAAAUGAUUUCAGCUUCCAGCCUGUUGAUUGGUCAAGUAACUUGUGUUGCUGUAGACCGUUACUCCUCAUUGGUCAAAUCCUUUGGCACUUAAACAGGACUCGGAGUACUUCCUGCGUCCAUCAGUAUUUUCUUUAGGAAGCAUUUGAGUCGCCGCUGGAAAACAGUGAGAAACUCUCUCGAAAUAUCAAUAUGAAAAUUGAUUUUUGGAUUGUUCUUCUGUAAAGGAAACUUCUGUCUGAUGAUCUUAAAUAGACAAUUUUUCCCAGGUUUCCUCUGAACUGUGAGUUUCUUUGAUUUAUGAUGGGUCAAAAAUCCUUGACAAUCAGGGUUUUCCUUAGAUGCCUUUUCUAAUUGUAUUCAUUUAUUUUUUUUGGGAGGGGUUGAAUAAAGCUUGACUGAAUUUGGGUUUCCUGACGUGUUUCCAAAGAUGCCAUUUUUGUAGUUUGGAUGUGUUGGGACAGGAAGUGUGUAGUGACUCAGCACCGCCUCUUCCUGCUGCCAGUCGAAGCUUUGCUUUAUUUAAUAAAGUUUUGGGAAAUGUAAAUGUUUCUCAUUAUGUUUUAUAAAUUCAGAAAUGUAAAAGAAGUGCAUAUUUAUUUCAAAUUCAUUUCAAGAAACUGUACAUAAAAUAAACAUUACCACAUCAAAGCAUCUGUGCAUAUUUUAACAAUUUACAACAUGAACAAGAAUACAAACUAACAAACGCUCAGUAAGAAAUUAGUGUCUCAGUGUUGAACAAGUGUUGUAGUUUCUGUACAGAAGUGGAUGAAUUGUACGCGCUUCACGAGUCGCGUUCUCCACUGAUGUUUGGGUUUGUGAACGCCGGCUGGGAAAAGGUUUAAAGAAGCACAAGUCAGUUUAGAUGCUGAAAAAUUAACUAUUGAAACGAACCUUUUUCAUCAACCAUUUUUUGUUUUGUUUUCAGGUUUUACAGCUUUGGCUAGACAGAUUCAUCAAGUCAAUCUGGUUAAACUUACACGUCAGUAUUCUUGGUGUUUUGUUUGAAGAUGAUGUCACCUGUUUUUUUCUCAGGUGGACAUAUUUAAUAAGAAAUGCUUUAUUUUGAAACUCGCCAAUUGGUCAGUUGGUAUGAAUAC